AUGAAGGACGAUAGAUUCAGCGCGUUGCCCGAUUCUUUGAUAACUCAGAUACUCUUAUGCCUUCCUACCAAAGAUUCGGUUAGGACAAGUCUUUAUCGACCAGAUGGAGAAAUCUCUGGCUUGAUAUUGAAGGAGUGGGUCGCCACAGCGAUUGAUUGUGGUAUUGAAAAUCUAAAUAUUGAGAUCAAGAAUGUUAUGUACUCCAGAUAUUACAUGCCUAUGAACAUUUAUAAGAGCAAGACAUUGGUCUCUUUAAAGCUUGCAAAAGUGGAGCUUGAGAAUCCCGAGUUUGUUGUAUCUCUACCUUGUCUCAAGAUCAUGCAUCUUGAAGACAUUUUUCACAACCUCAAUGGUCUUUUGAAUACGGAGAAGCUCAUAUUAGGAUGCCUUGUUCUUGAAGAUCUUAACUUGGUAAGUAGCCAUUAUGAUGAUGUAAGAACUCCGGCGCCCCUUCUGCGUGUGAGGUCUCACACUCUGAAGAUCUUUCGUUUAAAAUGUCACCCGGGAAUGUGUGAAAAUCAUUAUGGGGCUGAGAUUGAUGCUCCAAGACUCAAGUAUAUGAGUGUUAAAGAUAACCACUCUGAUAGGAUUGUGGUCAAGAAUCUUAGCUCCUUGUUCAAGAUAGACAUUGAUACUAACUUUAAUGUCAAUUUUGCUCACAGUCCUUUGAGAGCAGAUGAUUUAACAAAGAGAGAUAUAAUCCAUGAUUUUCUCACCGGUAUAUCUACUGUAAGGCAUAUGAUCAUCUCUCAGCAUAAUCUAAAGGUCCUUUAUCGUUAUUCCAAACUGGAACCGAUCCCCAAAUUCCAUAACCUAUCUCAUUUGCAGGUUGCGUUCUCUAGCUCAAUGUUACAAUUGUUUCCAAUCUUUCUUGGGAGCUGCCCAAAUCUGAAAAAACUCAUAGUGAACUUUUCUGUUUCAAAGGAGCCAGAUCAGCAAAUCGAUGUUAACUAUGUGCCACGGUGUUUAUCAUCGACUCUGGAUUGUGUUGAGAUUAACAAACUGAUUACGUGGGAGAAAACUGGGAUGAAACUAGUGAGGUACAUUGUUGAGAAUUCAGUAGUCCUCAUGAAACUUAAUCUGAGUUUCACAAAUCCAGUCGAAGAUUUAGAUAUCUACGAGGAGCUUCUUACAGCUAUAAAGCGUUCUCGCAGAUGUCGAGUUAAUUUAUUUCAUUAG